GUACCCAGGGUCUUCUGUGUUCACGGGGCGCGGAACUACGCGACGAAGACCCUGGUCGGGGCUGAUGACGUCACAGCAUGGGAAUCUAUCGCCUCAGGGGGUGUAAGAAAAGAUAUCAUAUUACAUGCUUCCACUUUUCAUGCUUUCAUUCCGGUUUCCGCCAUGUUAGACUACAUCGCAUUUUUAUCUUGCUUGGAAUUUGCUCUUUUAAAUAGUGUAUACCAAAACACUAUUCUAAAACCAAAACAAAUUAUUUGUCUGGAGAACGUCUAUCUUGAAAAAGAUGUGAUGUGUGUUUUACCAACGGGCUAUGGGAAGUCUUUGAUUUUUCAUCUGCUGCCAAUGUUGUUGUUCGCCAAAUUCAAGUUGCUUGGCGAUUUGCGUUUUUCAUGGAGAUCACGAGGCCUUUCUGCGACAGUAGUGAACUCAAUUGUUAUCGUUGUGUCGCCAUUGAACUCUUUAAUGAGUGAUCAAGUAUCUCGCCUGAGCAUGAGCGGCAUUAGAUCGUCGAUUAUAAACGUGAAGGAAGCAAGAGAAGGUCAAAUAACGUAUGGUUCAGAGGAUAGUGAUGACUUAGAAACUAGCGCUGAAAUCGAUUUAAGCCAUUGCGAAGAGGAAAAGCUAUGCGAUGGUUACUAUCAAAUUGUUUUCGCCCAUCCAGAGACACUAAUCUCGAGCAAAUAUGGGCGUAAUUUACUUUUGAGCAAGCCAUAUCAAGAGAAUGUUGUGGCAGUUGUGAUUGAUGAAGCUCAUUGCAUAGUUGACUGGGGGAGUGACUUCAGACAGGACUACAGAAGGUUGGGUGUCUUAUGUGCCUUAUUUCCUCACGUACCUGUCAUUGCAAUGACUGCCACUGCUUCUCAUGCAGACGUCAAGUGUAUUAAAGAUUCUUUGGGGUUAAAGAAAUGUAAGAAUGUCAUCGGCAAUCCAGAUAGGAAAAAUAUUUACUAUAAGAAAGUAUUUCGAACCGGGCAUGAUGUUGACACCAUUGAAUCAAUCCUGAUGCCAAUUGCAAGUGAUCUUUUGCAGCAAAAGAUUGCAUACCCUCUAACUAUUAUAUACAUUUCAUUACGUUUGUGCGGCUUUGCAUAUAAGCUGUUUGAACAUGUUCUUGGAAUCGAGCAAUACUUUCCCUCUGGUGCAACUGCAAUUCCAGCGAAUAGGCUAUUUGCACAGUAUCAUUCUCCACAGACUAAUCAAAUGAAAGAAGAAAUCCUGAGGCAGCUCUGUUCUGGAAAAAGUACAGUUCGCGUAGUCUUUGCUACCGUAGCAAUUGGGAUGGGGGUGGACAUACCUGACAUCCGCCAGGUUGUGCAUGUUGGACCCCCCUGCACUGUGAAAGAAUACUUUCAAGAAACUGGACGUGCUGGUAGGGAUGGGAGGUCAUCAUUUGCUGUAUUGUAUUACAACAACAGGGAUAUUGGCAAAAACAGAGUUGGAAUGCAAGACGACAUGCGUGAUUUUUGCUCAAGCACUGACUUAUGCUUAAGAAAGUUAUUAUUAAAAUCACUGGAUUACGAAUUAGAUACAGUCCAUAAACCAUUACACUUGUGUUGUUGUGUAUGUGAAAAUCUUUGCAAGUGUUCAACUUGCUUGUAAACACCUUCUUAUGGAGAAACUGUAAGCUUCAAUAAAAUUUAUGUUGUACAGCAAAUUCAAUAAACAGUGCACAUGGAAUAGAAAAUCACAGUGUCGAAACCUUAUGAUAAAAGUGUUCAUGUAACUGAUCAUGCAUUCUUUCAAUGUAAUAUAAUCUUAGUUAAGCAGACAAAAUUUGCACAAAUUUUAAAUUGAGAUUGCAAUUAAUGUGUUUACUGAAUCAUAGUUGAAUAUGAAACAAUAGUUUUCUAGUACCAUAUACUUUGCACUUUUGACCUAUAUGAAUUAUAUACAAAGAAUAUAUACAAAAAUUAUCAUGGUACUUCUAUUACAUUAUCUUGUACAUAUUUGUUAAUUAAAGUUCAUGCGCACUUCACAAACAACAUAACGGUUUAAUGGUUUUAAAACUAGUUCUCAUGCAAAGAAAAGCCAAUAAAAACCCAGCAUACUUCUCUCAUAAAGUGCUACCCAUAAACUGGUAAGAUUUGUUGUCAGUUAGAUUAAGCAUUAGGCAUCGCCAUUGCUAGAAGCUUAAUUGGCAUAAC